AUGCGUUUGCUGCUCGAGGCUGGUGCCGAUGCCAAUUUCAGGGAGAACGGCGGAACCAGCGCCUUGAUGAUGGCAGCUUCCCGUGGCCACGUCGCAGUCGUGCAAUCGCUGUGGGAGGCCCGUGCCGACGCCAACGUCAAAGACGACCAUGGCCGAUCGGCCUUGAUGAUGGCAGCUUCUUCUGGGAAAGCUCAAGUCGUGCGAGCGCUGCUCGAGGCCAGUGACCUAGAUGAGGUCGGCGACGACGGCCGCACGGCUCUGAUGCAAGCAGCCUCUCGUGGCCACGGAGAAGUCGUGCGUUCACUGGUGGAGGCAGGCACCGACACGAACUUAGCCGACGGAGCUCUCCGCACGGCUCUGAUGAUCGCGGCCGCCCGCGGCCGCGCUGAGGUCGUGCGUUUGCUGUUGCAGGCCAACGCCAAGGUGGACUUGAUCGACAAAGAUGGCCGCACAGCUCUGAUCCACGCAGCUUCCCGCGGGCACGUUCAGGUCGUGCAUGCGCUGGUGGAGGGGGGGGCCCACACAGACUUGGCGGGCACGGAUGGCCGCACAGCUCUGAUGAUUACAGCUGUCCGUGCCCAUGUUGAAGUCGCGCGAUUGCUGACGGAGGCCGGCGCCGACAAGAACUUGGUCGACAACGAUGGCCGGACGGCUCUGAUGCUCACAGCUUCCCGCGGCCAUGUUGGAGUCGUCCAUUUGCUGGUGGAGGCCGGUGUCGAUAAAGACUCGGUCGACAAAGAUGGCAGGACAGCUCUGAUGAUCGCGGCCCUUCGGGGCCACGCCGAGGUCGUGCGAGUGCUCGCAGAGGGUAGCACUGAGAAGGACUUGGCUGACAAAGAUGGCAGCACGGCCCUGAUGAUCGCCGCAACUCGGGGAGACGAUUGGGUUGCGCGCUCCCUGAUGGAAGCAUGCGCCGACAAGGACUUGGUCGACAAAGUUGGCCGCUCGGCUCUGAUGCGCGCCGCUGCCCGUGGCCACGUCGAGGUCGUGCGCUCACUGGCAGAGGCCGGUGCCGACAAGGAAGUGGUAGGCAAAGAUGGCUGCAAGGCUCUGACGCUCGCAGCUUUCCAUGGCCACGCUCAUGUCGUUCACUGGCUGGUUGAGGCGGGUGCUGCGAACAAGGAUUUCAUCGACCUAGUUGCCCGCAUGUCUCUGAUGAUCCAGCUCUCCGUGGCCAUGUUGAAGUCGUUCGCUGGCCGGCUCAAGAUGGCUGCACAGGCUCGCUGGAGGUCGUGCGAUCGCCGGAAAAAGAAAGACGGCCUCCAGAAACGCUCCUGA